AUUUUGGCCAUUCCUCCGAGCUGGCGUUCGUGGUGGAGCCUAGUGAUGACAUAGCUGUGCAGGAGCAGCCCUUAAUCCUCUACUGCCAGGUGGAGGGCAUCCAGCCCAUCACCAUCACGUGGCGGAAGAACGGUGUGAUGAUCAUGGACAGCGAGAACGCCUUCAUGUUGGCCAACGGGUCACUCUACGUCUCCCGCUUCCAAAGGAUCCGGGGAGAUGGGUCCUCAGAUGAAGGAGAGUACGACUGCAUGGCACAAAACCACUACGGGCUGGUGGUGAGCCGGAAAGCGAAGAUCCAGGCAGCGACGAUGUCCGACUUCCACAUCCACCCUCAGAACGCAGUGGUGGAGGAAGGUGGCGUAGCCAGAUUCCAGUGCCAGAUCCAUGGCUUACCUGAGCCAGUCAUCCUCUGGCAAAAGAACCGCAUGCCGGUCAACACGGACAACGAAAGGUACACGCUGCUUCCCAAAGGGGUCCUCCAGAUUACGGGGCUGAGGGCAGAAGACAGUGGGAUUUUUCACUGUGUUGCUACCAAUAUUGCUAAUGUGAAGUUCAGCCGGGAGGCCAGACUCACCGUGUCAGGUUCCCACUCCACCGUUUACAAGGACCCCAUGAUUCUCGUUGGUCCAGAGAACCUCACGCUGACCGUGCACCAGACCGCUGUGCUGGAGUGCAUCGCAACGGGCAAUCCCCGACCCAUCGUCUCCUGGAGCCGCCUAGACGGCCGCCCAAUUGGCGUGGAGGGGAUCCAGGUGCUGGGGACAGGAAAUCUCAUGAUCUCAGACCUCACCGUGCAGCAUUCUGGCAUCUACGUGUGUGCCGCGAACAAACCCGGCACUCGGGUGCGAAGGACCGCGCAGGGCAGGCUCGUGGUACAAGCCCCUGCAGAGUUUGUGCAGCAUCCUCAGUCCAUUUCCAGGCCCGUGGGGACUACUGCCAUCUUCACUUGUGUGGCCCAAGGGGAACCCCCCCCGCAGAUCACUUGGCUGAGGAACGGGCAGAUCCUGGAGACCAGUGACCACAUUAAACUGAAGAAUAACAACAG